AUGCUUCAAUCCUUGUCGAGUGCUAAAGCAGGUUCUCAUAGAACCAAAGUCAUUGGCUUAUGGUUCCGAAACGAUUUACGUAUUCAUGAUAAUGAAGCCUUAUUCAAAGCUGUUGAACUCGCCAAAUCCGAACAAAAGAAAAUCUUAUGUCUGUAUGUGUUUGAUCAAUCCCUCACGACUCAGAAAGCUCCCUACACUCUUUCUCAAUUGGAGGAAUCGUGUGGUCCUCGCCGAUGUAAAUUCUUAGUCGAGAGUGUUCAGAACUUGUUUGCAAAUUUACAAGGCAAGAUGAUGCUAAGUAUUUUACCCUUUCAAACAAAUGUCCAUCUUGAUGAUGAAAAAUCAAGAACACACACCUAUUCCUAUGAGAACGUUCGCCAUUUUACAACAGAGCUGGUUCAGAGAUUUAAUAUGACGGACUUGUUUAUGAAUCGCGAAUUUUGCACCUUUGAAAAAGAAGUUGAGAAGGAAAUUGAGAAUGCUUGUAAGGACCUCAAAGUCAAGUUAAAUUGGACUUGGAGUAAUUGUCUUGUCCAUGGACAGGAUCUUCCUUAUGAACACCUUCCACAAGAUAUUCCAAAGACAUUUUCUGCAUUUAGAAAAAAGAUUGAGAAAAAGAUUGAAGAAAAUAAGGAUGUAAUUCGAAAAGUCUUUGGAAUGGAGGACGGUUUUAGAGAUUUCUUACUUUCUUCAGAAGAAAUCGAGACGAAUUUGAAAGAUAAUUCGCAUCUCAAUUUGAUUCAUCGAGACGAGUUUCACAAUGUCGACUCUUUUAUGAAAGCUCGUUUAUUUCCACAAAUGUCUCAACAACAAUUUCUAUCAGAGAUUAAGCAAGACGAAAGAAGUGUCCUCAAAUUUGAAGGAGGAGAAGACUCAGCAUUGGACAGAUGUAAAUCCUACCUCGACAAGCACCUGAAAAACUAUUCCUCAACGAGAAACGACAAUCUUGGAGACUAUAGUACAAAACUUUCUCCGUGGUUGGCUUUAGGGUGCAUCAGUGCAAGAUAUAUCUAUCAUGAGAUUAAAAAGAAAACAAGUAAGAACGAUGAAAAAACUUCCGGCUCUGUAUUAAUUAACGAACUUUUGUGGAGAGAUUACUUUAAAAUGUUGGCUUGGAAGAUGGGACGAUCUUUCUUUUUCAAAAAGGCUUUGCAGCCAUCAAAACAAUUAGAAUAUGAAUGGAAAAUUCCAAAGGAUGGAUAUAAGAAUGUGAAAUUUCAAGCAUGGUGCCAAGGAAAUACGGGCUAUCCGUUUGUUGACGCCUGUAUGAAAGAAUUAUUGCAUACCGGAUUUAUGAACAACAGAGGUAGAAUGGUUGUGGCAAGUUUUUUGGUCAAAGACAUGAAAAUUGAUUGGAGAUUGGGAGCAGAAUAUUUUGAACGUAAUCUCAUUGACUUUGAUCCAGCAUCUAAUGUUGGUAAUUGGUGUUGGGUUGCAGGUGUGGGAUGUGAUUUUAGACCUCGAUAUUUCAAUCCAAUCAAGCAAGGUAUGGAUCAUGACAAGGAAGGAAAAUACGUCAAGCAAUGGAUACCAGAGCUUUCUGAAGUUUCACAAGAUUCCAUUCAUUUGCCUUACCUUUUAUUAAGGGAAAAUGAAAAGAGGCUCCUCAAACUUCCAAACCAUUAUUCAAGUAAGGAUAAUCUAGCUUGCUCUGUUGAGCUCCCAUCUGCACUUAAAAGAAAGUUCGAAAAAGGAGAGAAUUCAGCGAAUAAGAAACGAAAAUAG